UCGGGGAUUCUUUCCUCCACGUCUGCUGUGUUUUCUAAAGGUCUAUUUUCAGGGAUCAGAUCUGUAUCAGGGCUCGAACUUCAAAGAGGAGGAAGAUCGAAGGCAGCAUUAUCCCUAGAUGUUUGGCAGCUGAACUCUAACCUCACUCAGACGUAAGCAAGCUUUCAUUCGCUUGAAUAAACGAAGCAGUAUGAAAAUGCUCCCUGACAUCCUUUGGAAGGAGGGAUAAUCGCCCUGUAAUUCUCGGGAGACGUGAGGCAAUAACGGCUCAGACAGAAGACGAUAAAACAACAAAUUCGGCAAUUUACAUAUCUUGUAUUUAACUUGGUCUGCAAAUAUAUACAGUCAAUACAUGGCUGCACGAUGUAUACAUUCAACUGAAAGAUGAUCUGAAGCCAAUGAUGUUUAAUGUUGGGAGAUACGGCAUCGCAAGGCCCGCAAACAGAAAUCUGGAUGAGUUGGAUUCACUACAAAGUGUACUUGUUCACAGUGAUCUUGAACCAGAAUGGUUGGAUGAUGUGCAGAAGAAUGGAGAGUUGUUCUACCUGGAGUUGAGUGAAGAUGAAGAGGAUGUACUUGUCCAAGCUAAUUCAGUGCCAGCACCUUUCAUCAAUCAUGUCAGGUUCAGUGAUAAAGAUGCGGAGAUCAUUACUAAAUACAAAUCAAAGAAGCCUUGCGGAAGUGAGCACAAACUUAAAAAGUUUACUAAUGUUUUGAAAAUGAAAGGCUUAAUACAUGGACAUCCGUGCAGCAAAGCAAAUGAACAGAGAAGCAAUCAGCCACAGGGACCUGUUUCAAUAUUGAAACACCAACCAAACCCUAAGACUGGGGUAUUGGUGCAGCUGUCUUACAAGGAUGUAUAUGUUUAUGUUAAUCCAAAUAAAAUGAACAAUGAAUCACUUGUUGAAGGAACUAAGCUGUUGGAGGCUUAUGUGGGAAUUGUUCAUCAGCCUUCAAAGAAACAUCGAGCAGAAGGAAAGCAUGUGGACAAAUUCACCAAAACAACGGCUGAAGAGAGACUUGUUGUACACAGUUUGGUUCAUGGCGGUACAGCAAUGAAAUGCGGUCAGAUAUUUAUAGGUGAUGUUCUAAUUGCUGUGAAUGAUGUGGAAGUUACCACUGAGAACAUUGAACGUGUUUUAUCUUGUACUCCAGGUCCAACUCAGGUAAAACUCACAUUUGAAACCUUAAGCCAAGAUCAAGGGCAAACUGAUAUGUCUAUUGAACAUGAUAGACCAGUUUCCAGUGGUACCAAUCUGGUGAAACUUUUAUGGGGUCAAGACGGAGCGGAUUUCCAAAUGGAUAUCGGCAACAUUUCUCAUAUUGCAAUGUAUUUAACGUUAAAGAUGGAAUCUGAAAACUCUAAGGAAGAGCAAGAAAUCUUUUACUAUUAUCCAAUGUCUGAUGCAUCACAAAAGUUGAAAAAUGUUCGUGGAAUAUUUCUAACACUCUGCGAUAUGCUGGAGAAUAUAACUGGGGGUCAAAUUAUCAGUACCACAUUGUUGCUGAAUGGAAAACUUAUUAAUAUAGGAUAUUGGAAGGAAGGUAGCAACCUACUGCUCAUAGGACUACCAGCUGAAAGGGUUCCUCUUCCACAGCUAAGAAAUAUGAUCAAGAAUCUUGUGAGAACCUUACAGUACAUGUACAACUCGCUGGAUAGUGCCUUUUGCAAGAUGGAGAACGGUCCUCGAUUAGACCGCUUUUUCAAUCUGUACUUCCAACGAGCUAUUCAACCGGCAAAGUUAAACUGUAGUACCAGUCCCACUCCCCAGUUUUACCGUUGUUCAACAGCUUUGUUUUUAGACAGUCUGCCUGGAGUUUGCUGGCUUACAUUACCCCAGGAUAUUAAGAUGGACAUUGAUACCACACUGAGUGAUCUAGAAUCAGCAGACUUUGGAGAAUUGUCUGAAGAUUAUUAUGAUAUGCAACGAUUAUAUGUGAUACUGGGCUCCUGUUUGUUCUUCAAGGGUUAUUUGAUUGGCAAUCAUUUGCCCAAAGAUGACCUCCUUGACAUUGCACUUUAUUGCCAACAUUAUUGCUUACUACCCCUAGCAGCAGAGAAACGGAUUGCUCAGCUGGUCAUAUGGCGUGAAGUAUUUCCAUAUAAAUACCUUGUAUCAAGUAACGAACCAAUCAUUGUGGGUUACCAGGAACCAAAAGGAAGAUACUUUUUGCUGAUUGUUGGCUUGGGGCACUUUAUGUUGUGUGUUGUGCUGGAAGCGGGAGGAUGUGCAUCAAAAGCAAUUGGAAAUCCAGGGCCGGACAGUAUUUAUGUUGACCAAGUUAAAGCAACCUUAUUUCAACUUGAGGGACUAGAAGCAAGUAUACAAGACAGACUGGCCAGUCCUUCCACCCCACACCUAUCAUGUGCCGAUUGGUUCCUCCCUCCACGUGACAAGUUUGAAAGUAUCAGCAGUUCACCUAUCAUUAGCAAGCUGCAAGGUGCAUCUAAAUCCACACAAUCUCCAACAAGCCGAAGGACAUUAUUUCGAGACUCCAACCUCAGGAUGCAGAAAUCUAGCCCUCCAAGGACCAAUAGUACAUCUGAUAAUGCUGGUGAAAGACUUGCAGAUGCUGGUAUGGACUUCAAUUCAUAUUUUACAUCAAAUAAGAUCAGGAAGCAUCUGCGUAGAGAAACUCUUGGUUCUGAUGGAUCUGAGGUCAGUCACAAGAAGAAACAAAGUUUUCCAAAUCCAUUUUAUCUGGGAAGUAUGAAGAAAAGCCUUCUUGAGACAGAGACUGAAGAAAUGUACAAUAUAAAAAAAUUGACAUCAGGUUCAGAAAAUACUCUUUUUCACUAUAUUUCUUCAGAAACAGUGCAGGGAAUAUUCAUUAUGCCAACACAUACAGAAGUUGCACAUCUCAAUAGUUCUCUCCACUCACAACUAAUCAAAAACUUCCAUCGUUGUUGCUUAUCAAUACGGUCAGUUUUUCAACACACCUGGGAAAAGCGGGAAAGGAGAUGUCCAGAUGUCAUACACAAUUCAACUCAAGUAAAUCUCAGGAAAAAUAACACAGGACUUGGUCCAGUGAAGGAACAUGGCAUCUUAUUCCAAUGUAGUCCUGAAAACUGGCCUGACCAGAAGAAGCCACCACCCAAAAUGUCCUACUGGGUUAUUGGAAGACUUUUUGUAGAUCCUCAUCCUCAAGAGUUUUACGUUUGUCUCCACGAUUCUGUGACAGAGGUUGCUGUGGAGCUUGCUUUCAAACUCUCUUUUGGAUUGAUUACAUAAUGUCAAUAUGAUUUUACAAGAACAUUUUCUAAGUGCAUUUCAUUCCAAUAUUCCAAAAUAUGUCCAUAAUUCUGUUCAGGACGUUCCAUUAACUUGAUUCUGCAUUCAAAAUACUACAAGUAUUUUUGGCGAACCAGUUCUUUGAAGUACGUAACUAUUGAGAACACUUAAGAUGGACACACAAUGCUGGAGUAACUCACUGGGACCGGCAGCAUCUCCGGAGAGAAGAAAUGGGUGACGUUUCGGGCCGAGACCCUUCUUCAGACAGAACACUUGGUUGCCCUUGCCUCAGUAAUUACAAACACACAAUGCACUUAUUUUUAUUAAAUGCAAUAAUGAAAAUGUUGUGAUUGCAAAUCUUUGGUUGCACAUAAUUUAAAUGUAAUUACAAUCUAAAUGGAAGAAUAUAAAUUUGUAAUGUUUACAUUUCUUACUGGUGUUUGUUUGAACUGACCAUAGUUAAAUGCAGAAUUGACCUAUUACUUGAAAUGUGCCUUUGAAGAUAACUACAUCAUUCCUUUUUGCAUAGGUAACAUUCCUUAAAUUAGUGCAACAAACCUUAAUGCUUUGGGAUAUGUAAUAAAUGUAGCAACUAAAACAUUAAGUCAAGAUUGUCAUUUUGAUUUCACAAGUGAUUAUAAAGAAACAAACACCACAUCAUUCCACAGUUUCAACGAGAUGUGGAAGCUCAGCAGUAUCAGAAAAAUGAAAGAAACAAGCUUUUUUUAAAUACUUUUCCAAAUGAAUGUUUUUAUAGAAUGCAAUGCAGCAUAAAUAAUGUCACUGGUAUUAUUUAUGGAAGACUGUCUUGCAAGAAAGAAUAUUUAAUCUUGA